GGUGGUGGUGUCGCGGCGUGACGAUUUGCAGAUGCGGAUCUUGGAGCGGAGGUCCCACAGCGCCAACCUUGUCAGCCAAUCAGCGUCGAUUGAGGUCUUCGCAACCCAACGUUCGCUGAUAAUUCUUGUAGUUUACGACCUGAGUUUCUUCCACGUUCUGGAGUCGCUCUGGUCCAGCCUGACGCUUUAGUUUACUUCGUCAUUUGAUAAUGCGUAUACUCUGUCUUAGUCUUUCUUAUGUACAAAUUUCCGUAUGUUCUGCCUAUUUCCACUCGGCAAUCUGCAGAAUGUCUUUCUGUUCAUUUCAUGUUAAUCGUCACCCACAAUCUUCCAGCAUUUAUUGUGAUGCUGUUUCUGCUUUCGUAUUCACAUAUCGUCAACUUUUGGAUGCUUCUCGUCAUAUCAGAGAUUACAACACGAUACAUGAGAAUCACCCAUCUGAUGAGCAAGGCCUGCACACGUAGGAUGGCAUGUUUCGAAGAUGUGGCGGAACAUAU